ACCAUCGCCUACGAGACGCUCGACGUCUUCACCUCGAGCCGCUUCGGCGGCAACCCGCUGGCGGUCGUCUAUGAUCUAGAACAACGACUGACAAACAUAGACAUGCAGCAUGUCGCCGCCGAAUUCGGCUACUCGGAGACGACCUUCGUGCUGCCGCCCAAGGACCCGCGGAACACGGCGCGCGUGCGCAUCUUCUCGCCGACGGCCGAAAUGCCGUUCGCCGGGCACCCCAACGUCGGCGUCGCGACGUCGCUCGCGUGGCGCGGCCAGGCCUUCGGCGCGCGCAUCAAGGAAUCCGUGCGGCUCGAGGAGGAGGCGGGGAUCGUGCCCGUGGAGAUUCUGCGGUUCUACCUGGACGGCAUGGCGACGGGCGCGAUGCUCACGGCGCCCGAGCCCUUUUCCGUGCUCGAGCCGUCGCUGCCGGCGGCGGCGGUCGCCGCCUGCCUCGGCCUCGACGCGGCGGACGUCGACGAGGCGCGGCACCCGCCGCUCGUCGCGACGUGCGGCCUGCCGUUUAUCAUCGCGAGCCUCGACAGCCUCGUCGCGCUCGGCCGGUCGCGCGGCGCGCCGGACGGCUUCGCGCGGGCCCUCGCGUCGGGCGACUUGCCCGAGGCGGGGCCGCGGAAGGUGCUAUGCUACGUGAGAGGCGACGACGACACGAUCCGCUGCCGCAUGCACCGGUCCGACGGGAGCGAGGACGCGGGGACGGGCUCGGCGAACUGCGCGCUCGUCGGUCUGCUCGCGAGCCUCGCGCCGGACGGAACCGCGUCCGCCGUGAUCUCCCAGGGCGUCGAGAUGGGCCGGCCGAGCGAGCUCCUCGGCGACGCGACGCCGACGGCCGUGCGCAUCGGCGGGAGCUGCGCGCCGGUCAUGCGCGGCGAACUG